UUGAAGGCAUUACCUGAGACCUCUGAAGUGACACUUUCAAAUGUGAAGAACUCAGAAGUCGUCCAGAUGAGAAUAAAGAGUCCAAAUGCUCCACAUGAGCGACUGAGCCAGUCCAAGUCGAUGGUCAUCAUUGAUCCCGGAGAAAUUAACAAGCAGAUUUCUCGUCAUCGAAGGAAUCAUUCUCAACACUACGUGACUGAGAACAGAAUUUCUAAAGAUAUCCUAGUAAGCCAAAAUAAAGAAGGUGUCUUAAAUAAAACCAAGAUAGCGGAAAAAGGCAAGAAAUUAAGAAAAAAUUGGGUCCCGUCCUAUGUUGUUCUUUCUGAGCAGAAACUUGAAUUCUACAAGGAUGCCAAAGACCUGACCACGAGCUGGAAAUCAGGCAAGUUGGAAUGUAUAGACCUUUGGGGAGCAAUUAUUGAGUGGUCAAGUGAGAAAUCCAGCCGUAAGAAUGUGUUUCAGAUCACAACACUGUCAGGAAGUGAAAUCCUUCUGCAGUCGGAUGUAGACAUCACCAUAAAAGAAUGGUUCCACGCCAUCCAAAAUGCAAUUGACAGUUUGGAAACAAGGCGGCCACAACCACUGCUGGGACUAAGCAUUCGUAAAUCCGCAAGUUCAGAACUGUUACACCCAGGACCAGGGAUUAGAGAAAAGAAGAGUGAGCAAAGGAAAUCACUGGCUUUAAAAUUAAACUACAGUGCUUCGGACACAUCUGAAAAAAACCGUGUUAAAACCAGACUGAAGAAGUUUAUUACCCGACGGCCAUCACUGAAGACCUUACAGGACAAAGGAAUCAUUAAAGAUCAAGUGUUUGGAUGUCACCUGGCAACGCUCUGCCAACGCGAGAACUCCACUGUUCCUAACUUUGUGCUAAUGUGUAUAGAAGCCUUGGAGACGAGAGGUUUAGACGCAGACGGUCUAUACAGGGUCAGCGGGAACCUGUCCACCAUACAGAAGCUGAGAUUCGCGGUGAAUCAGGAAGAGAAGCUGAAUUUGGACGACAGCCAGUGGGAGGACAUACACGUUGUCACAGGAGCACUCAAGAUGUUUUUCCGAGAGCUGUCGGAGCCCCUGUUCCCACGUAGCUUCUUUGAGCAGUUUGUAGAAGCAAUAAGAAUCCAGGACAGCGAUCUACAAGUGAAAACCAUGCGGAAUCUGGUGAAGCAGCUGCCUUCCCCUAACCGAGACACCAUGAAAACUCUCUUUGAACACCUUCGAAAGAUUGUUAUCAACGCAUCUACAAACCUUAUGUCCACGCAGAGUUUGGGAAUUGUGUUUGGGCCAACUCUUCUGAGACCAGAAAGUGAUACAGGAAGCAUGGCCGUCUGCAUGGUGUAUCAAAACCAAAUUGUAGAACUUCUGAUAACAAAAUUUGAAGACAUUUUCUGCUAAGUUUUGCACUUAAAGCUCAAAUCUGGUCAUAGAAAAAAAAAAAAAAAAAUAUAUAUAUAUAUAUAUAUAUAUAUAUAUAUAUAUACACACGCACACACAUUCCCUUUAAAUUCCUCCCACCUCCAGCUAAUCUCUAGUUGUGUUUUGCAGAAGUUCAGAUUUCCUGAAACUAUGGUCACUUGACAGCCGGGAUCCUAAUGGUCCUAAUGGAGUCCUCAGAAGGUCUUCUAGUCCUAGAGUGACACUAAAUACUUUUUAAUUUACAUUUAUUAUCUCUUCCAUUUCUGUAUAUGGAUGAUGACACUGUAUCUAUUUUAAUAAAAAAAAACAUCUAAGUACCUUUUACCUAAUCGACAUAUAGUUGUCACAUGACCCAGAUCUUUCCCAGCCUGUCUGCAGGUAAACAUAGGCAGAAUGAGCUUCUAGUACUCUCCUGCUGGUCACAUGUUCAAAAAAUAAAUAAAAAAAACAGCCUUUGGGAUACAGAGUAAAAAUAAAU